AUCACGCUUCGAUACGCGCCUCACUUCCCGGAUUUCUCGACACACGCCCAGAAUCUUCGGCACAAACCUGCGCAUCACUCGUUAAAAUCUGUUUUUCGAUGAAACAAAGAGCCCUCUGUGUAAAAUAGGUUAUACGACCAUUGAGCGUAUACAUAUUUCUGUCACAGCAGUAGACUUGAAGGAGCAGCUGCAUCUCCGCUGUGUUGUUGUUGCUAUAAAAUUGGAGCUCGAGCUAAAUUGAACGGCUCAUAGAAUUACAAGAGACAACUGACCAUAAGACCCGAGCAUGUCAAAUGAGGCUGACCACAUCGAGAGUGGAGCAGACAAGGAUACUUCUGAGCAGUCCGUGACACCAAGUCCACACAGAGGAAGCGCUCCACAAGCCAGCCCACCCAGGAUUGUGUCUGCGGAAGACAUAAUGGAAACAGCAAAAGGAGUCACCAAUAUGGUUUUGGCCCACGAAAUCAUGGUUAACCAGUCUUUUCAAGUCAAACCGCCAGAGCUUCCUGAAGGAAGUUUGGAGCGCAAAGUAAAAGAGAUUGUUCACCAGGCAUUCUGGGAUUAUCUGGAAGCUCAGUUAAAGGAAGAUCCACCGCAGUAUGGCCAUGUUAUCCAACAGCUGGCUGAAAUUAAAGAGACGUUGCUAUCUUUCUUGCUGCCGGGCCAUAGUCACUUACGGUCCCAAAUUGAAGCGGUUCUUGACCUGACUCUAAUCCAGCAGCAGGCGGAGAAACAAGCACUGGACGUUGGUGCUCUUUCCAAUUUCAUUAUCGAGAUGAUGGGAUCGCUUUGUGCCCCCUGUAGGGAUGACGAUGUCAGUAAACUGAAGGAGAUCACCGAAUUUGUCCCGUUGCUCAAGGCCAUAUUAUCUCUGUUGGACCUAAUGAAGUUGGACAUGGCUAACUUUGCUGUAAGCUCCAUCAGGCCUCAUCUGAUGCAGCAGUCAGUAGAGUAUGAGAGAAACAAGUUCCAGGAGUUUUUGGACAAACAGCCUAAUGCUUUGGACUACACAGAAAAGUGGCUUAAGGACACAUUGGAGAACAUGAGACAGGUUUCUUCUACUGCUGCCUCUUCUGCUCCUCCUGCUAUCCUCCCUGCUAAUGUCCAUAAUCAAGCAUAUUUGCGACUACUUAAAUGGGAACACCUCUCAGAGCCCUUCCCCGAGACAAUGUUGAUGGAUCAGACUCGAUUCCAGGAAAUGCAGCAGAUGACUGAAAAAUUGGUUUUGCUUUCAUCGAUAUUACUCAUUGUUUACACCACCACGGGAGAAGCCAUUUCAGGCCUUCCGGGUCUCAUGGAGAUGCUUAAAAACACUGUUCACGCCAUGCUUGCUGACAUGCACACACUGUCUUUCAAUCUUCAAGAGACCCUUGUGACCACUGGGGAGAAACUGUGCAUGGAGCUAAAUCAAUGUUUAACCAAGCAUGGCUACACUACAUUAUCUACCGACCAAAAAAACACUCUGAUGGGGCAAAUCUCAGCCACCACCCACCCAGAAAACACAGUCCGUCAGUUGAUGGACUCUCGGGUUCAGAGCUACCUGUUGGCUACUCUGGAGUGCAGUCAACACAAGACCCCUCUUCCUAUACCUGGAGGUCUUGCACCCAUCUCCAAGGAGCUAAAAGAACUCUCUGUUCGCUUAAGUUGUCUCGUCAAUUUCAACAAGCUUGUCUUCUCCCCGUUCUACCAAAAGAUUCUCCAAAAGUGCUUCUCAUCAGAAGGUUGUGCCAGCACAGAGACAUAAACACUUUGACAGUGGCGUGACGUAGAUACUCAAGGGAACACUUAAGUUCUACAAACGGAGCUGAGGAUGAUGAUGAGCAGUGCUGGCUGGUAGCAAUACAUUUAUUGCUCAGAGGAAAAUGCCGCAUUUAAAACACACAAGCGCUACUUUGAAAAAGAAAAAAAAAAUUCUGCUCCAUCCUAUGCCCAGCUUAUAUGUAGAUCAACUCUGUCAA